UUAAAGUUCACUAUUCUCAGAACAACAAGCAACCAGUAUCAAAAACUGAUGGAAACUUUCACGCAAAAAAUAGUAGUACUACUUUGUACUUUGACGACUGUUGAAGGUGUCCUGAAAAUUGUAUCCCCACUUCCUGGCCACCGCGUUGCUAUUGAAAACGAAACUCUCACAAUCACUUGUGUCGCGUUUGACGAGGAAAACACUUCGGUAAAACCUCUUGGSUUUGAGUUUUACCGCCUCAAUCAAAUAGGAGAAAAAACCGCCAUUGAAAAUGGGAAAGACUAUGUAUUCACUAGCAGAACGGAAGUGAACGGAAGAAAACUCUUCGUCUCUUUGUUUAUCAAACGAAUCAAGGCAUCUGACGAUGGUCGUUAUGAAUGUAAAAUACRAAAUACUAGUGAUGUGAGCGCUCGUUAUGGAUUUGGAAUUACGUAUGUAUCAUAUGCUUCRCUCCCACAAAUAUCAGUUUCGACGAACAAAACGGUUGAGUUUGGCGACCAACUGUCUUUAGAAUGCAACCUAACAAAGACUGGUGACUAUUUUGUUACCUUGGUAAGGAUGGCAUGGAGCAAAARUGRCGAGAUUAUCUCUAMAGUGCCACGCCCUAAUGAUAUAAAGCUUCGUGAUCUCACCAUGGAURUYAGUARACCUGRCGAUGGWGGUACCUACCAGUGCAGACUUACAACUGUACUUCAUCAACAUAGGACUUUUAACAUCACCAAAGUCAUUGUUAUAAAAGUCAAACCCAGGCUAUACUCACUGGAUCUAAGAUACAACAGGGUUGUACGAACUAAAGGCGAACCAGUGGAACUAUACUGCAACGCCACAGGAAACCCAAUCACAGUUGUUUGGAAGAGAAAGCCCCGUAAUGGCGCAAAGAAUCUAACGUUAAAUUUUGAAGCGUCGACCAAUAACGAAUCUCACUACAUGCUAACAAGUGAAACACCCUAUGAAGGCUUCAAGCUUGAAAUCUCCAGUACUGAAUAUAGAGAUCGUGGUUAUUAUUACUGCUGCAUCAAAUCAACCAAUACGAGCGAUGAUGAARUCUGUCAGAGAUACAUUCUAAGGAUUAAAGAUCCCUUCGGUUACUUAUGGCCGUUGAUAGGAAUUGCCAUAGAAGCAUUAGUACUGGGAGCCAUUGUGUACAUUAGCAAGACGUUAAAAGAAAAGAAACACCAAGACCAAAGGUCAGCAGAUAUCAAAAUGGAGUUCAAAUAUACUUCAUCUCAAGACAAAAAAGAUGGAAGAGUACGUUUCAGAAAGACUGAAGCUGCCUCGAGUGCUUUGCUUGAAUAAAUGUUUUAUUUACCAAAGUAUUAGUUUAUUUUGCGUUUGUAAUAAGCCUGAAGUCAAGAAGCUAGUGUUUAUACCAU